GCUAGUGACAACCAGGCGGAGUUCUCUCGGAGCGCACCAAACGCUCAAUCCUCAGUUGAUUUAGACAGCGCUUUUCCUUCUUUACUAGAGGUUCAAGCUGACGACUCGGACACCAAAGCAUUGGAUGAUCCCGUUGACUCGGAAUAUCUGAAAAGUAUUAUAUGCAUUAUCCGCAUUAGAACAGCUUUUGUGUCAGACUAUUUUAAUUUCAAGUUUUUCUUUUAUUACAAUUGUCUGUACAUUUUAGGACCUAAUUGUCUUAAGAUAUAUGUGCGUCAGGCUAUUUCGCUUGUAUUGCAGGCUACGUGCCACAAUUAGUUUUUUCUCUUCUUCCACCAUAAGGCUAUAAUGGAGAACGUUUUUACUACAUUGGAUUAUGGCAUACAUUGAUGAAACAGAUGUGUAUAACAGCAUGUUGUGUUACUAUGCCAACAGCCUGGUUAAAAUGUCUUAUUUUGGUUAAAAUACCUAUUUAGUAUAAAAAUUGAAGCAUAAGAAUCGUAACAAUGUCACACGCGGACGUUGAGUUGGCUGGACGCGGCUUUCCAAGCCUUUCAGUUGACCUGAACGAUGACUGCUUAUCUGGCCGGGUGCCGUCGAUGCCUCGGACCUACAACUUAAGUGGCAGGAGAAACUCUUAUGGGCUACACAAAAUUAACAUGGACAUUGACCCUCAACUCUAUGGAGGGGCCCUUUCCAAGGCGCUGUCAUGGUCUGCGGAGAAUAUUCUAACGUUAACCGAGGCCCGAGUAGAGGAAGACGACAAAACGGACACUCCACUGACGUCUCCAUCUCCAGUCUCCAGUCCAGGCGCGACCAUCACUAGCAGUACACCCCUCUGUACCCAAGUGUCGGACUCCGUCAACCCGCCGGAGAACAACUGGAGCUCGGUCCCUAGUCCCAACACCCAAGAGGCCAGUUCAGACUCUGACGGUGAGCUUGUUCAAAACAAACCGCACAAGGUGUUGUCACGCAGCCCGUAUGAAAGCAAAUGCGAACAGGAGGAGAGGGAAGACAUUGAGACCAAAGCUGUGGCCACCUCACCUGAUGGAAGAUACCUGAAAUUCAACAUCGAGAUUGGGAGAGGUUCGUUUAAGACCGUUUACAAAGGACUAGACACAGAGACUACUGUGGAAGUGGCAUGGUGCGAGCUGCAGACGCGUAAGCUGACCAAGGUGGAACGGCAGAGGUUCAGCGAGGAGGUGGAGAUGUUAAAGGGUCUGCAGCAUCCGAACAUCGUCCGCUUCUACGACUCAUGGAAAGACAAUUCCAAGGGCCUCAAAUGCAUCCUCCUGGUCACCGAGCUCAUGACCUCAGGCACGCUGAAAACGUACCUGAAGAGGUUCAAGGAGAUGAAGCUGAAGCUGCUGCAGCGCUGGAGUCGUCAGAUCCUGAAGGGCCUCCACUUCCUCCACACCCGGGCCCCUCCCAUCAUCCACCGCGACCUGAAGUGUGACAACAUCUUCAUCACCGGGCCCACCGGCUCCGUCAAGAUAGGGGACCUGGGCCUGGCCACGCUCAAAAGUGCCUCCUUCGCUAAAAGUGUCAUCGGCACUCCUGAGUUCAUGGCUCCGGAGAUGUAUGAGGAGAAGUAUGAUGAGGCGGUGGAUGUGUAUGCCUUAGGGAUGUGUAUCCUGGAGAUGGCCACCUCUGAGUACCCGUAUUCCGAGUGUCAGAACGCUGCUCAGAUCUACCGCAAAGUCACCAGCGGCAUGAAACCAGACAGUUUUUACAAAGUCAAGGUCCCAGAGCUCAAAGAGAUCAUUGAAGGAUGCAUCCGGAUGGACAAAGAUGAGAGGUACACCAUUCAGGAUCUGCUGGAGCACACGUUCUUCCAGGAGAACAACGGCGUCCAUGUUGAGUUGGCUGAGGAGGAUGACAUGUUGAAGUCAGGCCUGAAGCUGUGGCUCCGCAUGGAUGACACCAAGAAACUCCAUGGGAAGUACAAGGACAACAACGCCAUUGAGUUCCUGUUUGAACUCUACAAGGACGUGCCCGAGGAGGUGGCUCAGGAAAUGGUGGUGCUGGGCUUCGUGUGCGAGGCCGACUUCAAGCCGGUAGCCAAGGCCAUCCGAGACCGUGUCAACGCCACCAAGCGCCAGCGGGAGAAACUGAGGCGCCUGGCGGAGAAGAAGAAGCAGGAAGAGGAGGAGGCUUUGGAGGAAGAGCCCGAGCGGACGCAGCAGACCGCCUCCCCGAAAUCCGGCAGGUCCCCCUUAAUGCCGGAGACUCCCCAGAGCCCCGCCUGCAUCCCGCACCCCGCCCAGAGUCGGGGUCACACCCCCCCGGUCCGUGCCCUGUCCCCAGUCAACAGCUCAGCGGAGUCCGGCAUCAACCGUCAUGAACCGGAGGAGCCGGAGGCUGACCAACACCAGCACUUCCACAUUCGCCACAACAGCUGUUCCUCCGCCAACUCUGACUGCGAGACAGACGCCUGUCUAAUCUCCUCCGGCCUCCAGGACUCCCUGGAGACAGCGGUCAGCCUCAGUGGGUUAACCAUGACCCCUCCCACGCCGACCCAGAACACUGGGCCUGGUGCCCUCAACGGACUGCCUCAUCACCACCCUAUCCCGGCCCUUCGCUUCCCCUCUAGUAUUGCUGUAUUGGGCGAUAUGGAUCAGGGGCAUUCUGGAGGGCACUCUCCCAGCGACUUCAACUCACCCGUGGACAGCUACGCCUCCGACGUGACCUCGGGUUUGAGUGACGGCGGCUACGAGGGCCUAUCAGAGCGGAGCGGCAAGACUGCCACCAGGCGCAUGGCCAGCAAACUGUUCCGGAAGAGGGCCCGUUCAAGGCUGCGCAUCACUGGGCUUUCUGACAAAGACGACCGGGUGGUGGAGUGUCAGCUACAGACUCACAAUGACAAGAUGGUGACCUUCAAGUUCGACCUGGAUGGAGACAACCCAGAGGACAUUGCCGCCGUCAUGGUGCACAAUGAGUUCAUCCUAUCAUCGGAAAAGGAAGGAUUUAUUCACCGCAUGCGUGACAUCAUCAAGAGGGCGGAGGUUCUAAUGAAGGAGCAGACCGUCCACGGACCUCUUCGCCAACAGUACCCUAAUGGGGUCAACUCGCUGUCCGCAUCACAGCCUAAUCUUCACAAUCAUAUUCUGGAACGGACACACUCUUCCUCUUCUCUACCUGACUACAGCGUGUCCGGUCCCGGUGUUGGAGUGCGCGCUACACCCCUGUGCCCCUCGGGUGCUGGAGACAACUACAGUCCGUCGGAGGCGGCCUCACCAGCAGGGAGACCUCUGUUACGCUCCCAGUCCUUCCACAACACCUCAGGCCCUCCUCACUAUCACCACUAUCAGCCCCACCCACACUCCAUGUGCUCUCCAGAACACCCCCACCUGCAACAACAUCAGCAGCUCUACCAUAUGUCCCCCUACAUGGGCCACACACACUUCCCCUUCCCCUACACAGUGAACCCUGGCUCCCCCAAGCCAGCGGUGGCCCACUCUCCCCUGACGCGUGUCGCCAGCAACACCGCGUUCCCCUCGGUCUCCUCCCCAGGCCCGGCCUCCCCCGGUGGCCCCCUUUCUGACGUCCCGAGCACCCCUGAGUACAGUGGUGAGGGGAACCCCCUGACCCCCCCGGCGCAGCUCCAGCAGCACCCCAACAUGUGGCCCGCCCACACACAGCCUCUGUUCUCCCUGGCCAGCGUGAUCUCCAUGGCCAUGAGCAUGGCCCAAUCCUUCAUACCAGCCAGUAGCCUGGCGAACCAGGGCAUACCCCCCCUGGCAGGCUUCCACCCCCAGCUAGCCCACUCCCAGUCCGGCUAUCCGUCCAGCUACUCUCCCCACUACCAGACAGGCCCAGUGGAGGUCAACUACAGCCAGGGUGGGAUGCCCAACCAAGGGCGGCAGCACGGUGUCUACCAGGGCCCAGACACUCCCCCACAGCUGCGGAUGGAAGGUUCUGGAUCCGUAGGCUCUCAAAAUGGGCCUCCCGCCUGGCAGCAUAACCACGUAUCUCCCUCUACAAUGGGAAACGAAAGCCAGAAAAGAAGCCCACAGAUGGUUUCACAGCAAACAGUGUCCUCCAGACCCCUGAGUCAUUUACAUAACAGUUCCCAGGGAUGCUAUAUGGUUCCUCAGGACCAGUCGGACGUGUCCAACUCUGCAUCCGGCUCUGACCUGUCCGUCUCUCCCCCAGACAGCCCAGAGAUCUCCUUAUUAUCGUUCAGCUCAACCACAUCAAUGUCGAGACCUAUGGUGCCCGGGAUAAAGGCCAGCGCUCCCAAACCCAGAGUGUCCUCCAGUUACAGAGAUCCCACGCCUGCUGCUGUCACAGUAGGACGUUUCCAAGUAACUCCGAGUUUGGAUAUCCCUGUGCCUGCUCCACCAGGAGGACAGGGUUCUAACCCCGCCGGGCCCAAGUCAGUAGGCACCAGCACCUCUGGACCCCCCAGAUCCAAAACCGUAAGCAGCUCCACCCCCUCAGACAGCAGCACAGAGGAGCAGGAGCAUGGAGCAUCCGAGAGCAGCUUAAACACAUCCCUCACCCUCUCCCCUCCUCACCGGCACCUCCCGUUGGGGGAGGACCGGGAGCCCCCGGUAGGGUGGGCUAGAACCGACGAGCAGCCGCGUGAAAAAGCACGGGAGAAAGACAAAGAGGGAGAACAAGACGAGGGGGAAGAGAAAAAGGAAGAGCACAGAGUGAGGAAGAGGAGGAGGAGAACGUGUAGCCUCAGCCUGAUGGGCACGUCUGCUGACAGCAGCCUGUCUGUCACGGCAGUGGACUCUGAGGGGCGUGGCCUGUGGGAUGGAGGAGCAGGGAGCCCCGCCUACAAUUCAACCCUGCACCACCUGUGGCUGAGCUACAGCCGGAACUUCACCUGCAUGAGCAGUGACGACUCGGAGAGUGAGGACGAGGACGUGUGGGAGGAGCUACAGCAGAUGAGAGAGAAGCACUUGGCGGAGGUGCAGCGUCUCCAGGCGACCCAGAAGCGGGAGAUCGAGGAGCUGUAUGAGAGGGUGGGGAAGGCUCCGCCUGCAGGGAUCGUCUCUCCUGCCGUCAUGCUGUCCAGUCGCCAGCGCCGCCUGUCCAAGGAGAGGAGUUACCUGUCCUCCUCCCGCAGAAACAGCCUGCAGCGCCUGGAAAUUCUCUCCCUCCAAAGUGUCAUCCGGAGGAACUCUCUGAGUGGCGGCAGCUCUCAGGAGAAGCCCUCUAAAGGGGUGACUUUCGCCUCGGACGUCAGUAGAAUGUAAGAAUCUCUAGCCAAGUAUGCUGUAGAAUACCUGGACUACCUCAUCUUAAGUGACUGCAGUGGUCAAGCCCAUCCUGCUGGAGGAAGUCACUAACCCACAGUAAUGAAGGGACAGCUAAUGAAUGAUAUACCUCAAAGGGGACCACAGGACCUCUGUCAUCAGUCCCUCCCCCAACAAAACACUUCCAGAUACAGUGGUGAAGUGAAGUACGAGCCCUCUGUUUUAGGACGCCACCAAAUCAAGAAUGUGAGGACAGUGUUCCAACUGAGGCUAAAGCCUAAAAGAGUUAACGAUAAGUAGCGCACCCAAAUAUCUUUCCCCAUACUAUGCAAUACUGGAGAAUUGUGGGUUGGCUAUACAUAAAGAAAAUACCACAGUGAUCAACAGCUCUGCCUUUGGUACCUUAAGUAAAAAGCUGGUAAUAACUUGCAGAAGAUACUAUAGAGAUUUGAGGGGCAGUUUAUCAAUCUUUUUUUCUUUAUCAUUGCAAAAACGUAUUGGGAGAAAGCUCAGUAAGUAUCACCGAUGGCUCUCCAAAAACAGCGCUCAUGAUUUUUCACUCACUUUCCAGGUUGGACUGUCUGUUUGCCAGCUCGCUACUGCCAUCUAGAUUCUGACUAUGGUAGUCCAUAUAUUUUACUAUAGGUCUGCCUGUUUUUAAAUGUAAAAUUAGUGAUGCAAUAUUUGUGAUUAAUUAAAAAUGAUUAUGCUGGAAAUGUAAAAGCAUGCAGAAAGACAUUGUUUUACAUUAGGCAUUAAGUACAAUAUAAGUACCUUUACCUUGCUGAACAAUAUAGUAUUGGCAGAAACAUAAUUUAGAUUUCAGUCUUAAUAUAACAUUAUGUAGUAAAAUGAAGAAUAAAAGGUUAUGCAGUAUUGGAAUUUGGAUACAACCCUGCUCUAUAUGAAGGAAACAUAAUUUAACCUACUCCUUAAUCCACUGAAAGUAUUGCCAAAUCAGCCACACGGAUUUUCUGAAAAAAGAAAGGUUAAUUGCAACAAACGUCUCUUUCAGCUGAUAUUAGAAUUUCAACAUAAAUAAAAAUAUAUAGGUCUAGACUACUGAGUCUCUACUGGUUCUCACUAUUACUGUAGAUUUGUAAAUAUGAAAUAAUGCAUUUAGAAAUUAAAUUACAUUUUCAAAACCUAUAUUUCUUGCACAUUCACAAAACAUUGACAGUGAGCGAACACACACACACAGACAGAGUUGCAAUGUGUAAUUAUUCAUGCACCCUCUGCACUUUAGUAAAUGUUACUUCAGUAGUCACUAAUUUACUUUACAGUAAAUACAGUAGCAUAUUUCUAUGCACAGGUAGUGGAGUGUACAACUACCAUAACAAUGUAACUGUGAGCCUAUAUUAGCCAUUGCCUUAAAUAUACACACUGAAUUGUACUGCAGAUGACACAUCCAAGAUUUCCACAAAUGUAUAUAUUUCUAGAAAAAAACAUUGUUGAAUAUAUGAAUGUACCAAAUGUAUGAUUGUUGGCCGAUUGCAUUGCUUCCAAAGGCAAAGCUCCUGUCCUGCCAUGCUCAAUCUGUGCCUUUCCCUUGCAAUGUCUUAUUUUAUACUUAGUAGGAUUGCUGGCUACAUUAUGUUCUGUAAAUUAUAUUUUGACAUAUGUAAUAAAUACAGUUAGAAUUA